AUGGAGGCCCCCUGGGAGGGACAAGAAAAGGGACUAGGAAAGAGGGAAAAAAAACCCAACCAGGAUUCCUUGCAGGGAACGAGAGCGAGAGCCUGGAAACCUGGGGCGGCUCGACGAGGCUCCACUCGCAGGGAGCUCGGGUUCCUCCCCCUCGGCCCGUCCGAGGGACGGCGGCCCAGCGAGAGGAAGAGGCCAGCGCUGUCACCCGCGCGCUGCCCUUUCGUCACGGCCACCCGGCCCCGUCAGCCCCCACCCCCACUCCCCGAGGCUAAUAAAAGUUUGCGAGCUGCCGCGGCGCCCCCGAGCCAGCCUCCAGGCCCCGGCCCGCACCUCGGGGAGCAAGCGCCCGCCCGGGCCCCGGCCCCCGGCCCUCCCCUUACCUCUGCCGGCUGCGCCGCUCACCCGCCACCGUCCGCGGCUCCCACCGCAGCCGAGAUAAACAACUUAGCGGGGAAGGGAGAGCCCCUAUUUGUGAAAGUCUCCCAUUUCCCGGCUGACAAGCCAGACCCCCGCCCCGCGCACGUCUUCGCGGGCCGGGGCUCUCGGGCGCGCGUCCUCCGGGCCGGCGCUCCGCCGCUCCGGGUGCGGCGUCUCUUUCCACCCACUAGAAUCCGUCCCCGACGGGCGGGCGGUGACUCGGACUCCCGUCACAGACUCGGACUCCCGUCACAGACUCGAGCUCGCAAAAUGGAGGAACAGGAGGAGGGGAGGCAGCGCGGACACGCGAAAGGGCCGCCCGGCCGCGGCGAACGAACGGGACCGAGAGGGGGGCGGGCGGAGGCGGCGCCACGGCGCGCACACAUACACUCACACACACGCGCGCGCGCGCACGCUCCCACUCCACCCCCGGCCGCUCCCCGCCUGAGGGGCCGCGCGGUGGCGCGGGGAACGGUGCAACCUGUUGGCGACGCUCGGCAACUGCAGGAGCGGCCGCGGCCCCCGCCCCCACGCCCUCCGCGCGGGCCCCGCCACCCCGGCCGCGACGGCGCCUGCCCGCCCGCGGCCCCCGGCGCGGCUCCCGCCCAGGCCUCCUCCUCGCCCCCCACCUCUCCACCCCCCAGGCAAAAGGAGAGGAGGCGCCGGCGGGGCCGACCUGGCCUUUCUGGGGCAGGCUUCGGAGGGAAGCCGAGUUUUCUCUCUAGUUUCUCUUCUUGCUGCUCCUUCCCGCCCCCGCCCAACUCCGCGACUCCGGAUCCACUCCGGAGCUCGCUCGGUCCUUCGGCGGCAAACGCCGUCAGCGCCCCUGCGGAUGACAGCGGGCUGGCUGGGGGAGCCGAGGCGCGGCCGCAGCAGAGCCGCGGGGCCGGUCCGCGCCUCCGCCCCCGGGUCGAGUUGAGCGAAGUGUGUCACUUCGAACGGGGCUACGGGGUUGCACGGAAACGGUGCCGCAGCGUCUCGGCCGCUCGCGGGACCCGACAGCCAGACACGCCCUCUGGGGAGGCUUCAGGGAGGGGCGGGCAGCGAAGGGGGUCGGCUCAUACGUACUCUUGGCCCUCGGGGAGUCGCGUGCCGGCCGGUCCCCCACCCCCGCAUCGUCUGCGCGGCCCAGUCUGCACCCGCCGAGCACGCUUGCACCCAGAGUGA